GAAUCGUGUGUUGUGUUGACAACAUAACCUAAGUUGUCAGAAUCAUAUGUUAGUAUUCUGUUUUAUCCCAAAUUUAAAGGUGAUUUAGAACUGUUUUUUAAGUGAAAAAGUGAGUUUUUUGUGUAUUAUUUGGUGUGUUUUGAAUUCAGCUAAGAUCACGAUGUUCCUGUUAUAAGAAUACCACAUGUCCAUUUUCAAUAAAAAAUCUAUAAUAGUUUUCGACAUAUUGGAAAAAAUCGAUUUUCAUUUUGUAACAUCAAAGGGCUGUAACUUUUUUUAUGUGCAGAUUUGUACUAAGAUAUAUACCAGCAUACUGGACAAUACAUUCAUAGCAGCUAUAUACCAGCAUAUAUAACAGAAAUGACGAAGAUAUCAUCAGACCAACUCAAAUCCAACCUAGAGAUACAACUGUCAGAGCUAGAAAUCUUAGAAUCUCUCCUGUACAACCCAGGAGAACUUAAAGUCGAAGAUAUCUGUACUUUAUCCGACAUAAGAGACUACGUGAACGACAAAACAACCAUUUCACCACCAUAUCUCGACAUCACUGUCAACAUCAUUCAAGAUAACGCAAAGUUCGAGCUUUGCAUCACCCUUCCUCACGAAUACCCCAAUGUAGAACCGGAAUUGUUCGUAAGAAAUCAUAAAUUCGACCGGCACCAACAUGUUAAAAUUAACAAAGACUUGUGUGACUUCAUGGCUUGUCAAGAAAAAGGGGAACCUUGUAUAUUUUCGGCGAUCUCUUGGAUCAAAGACAACGCUGAAGAGUAUAUUCGGGUUGAACAGGAGCAGCCUCAAAAGAAAGAUGUAAGGGAUGAGAAGUUUGUGAGACACUGGAUUUAUUCGCAUCACAUUUAUAGCAAGACGAAGAGGAGGGAGUUGGUGGAGUUGGCGAAUCAAUUGGAAUUAACUGGAUUUUGUAUGCCAGGAAAACCAGGGAUCAUUUGCAUCGAAGGAGCUGCCGCGGACGUCCAAGAAUGCUGGCAGGCCAUCAAAUCCAUGAGCUGGAAAAAAAUCUUCUGUAAAGUCAUCGAGGACGAUAAAGAAGAAGAAGGUCGCAAGUUUUUGAAGUUCGACAAAUUCGAAGAAGUGGUUUUUCAGAACAACGGAAUUAAGUAUAAUCACAUGGAUAUGGGUGAACUGCAUCAUUACCUAGAAGACCAUAGCGUUGGUUAUAUAUUUAAAGAUCUAUUCGGGGUGGAAGCGAGAUCGAGUACUAGUUCUUAACUUAUUAGUAAAUGUUAAAAGUUUUCAUUCAUUUUACGGUAGUUGAAAAAGAGUACAUGGAAUCAAAAGAUCAAAAGAAAAAUUAUGUUUCUAUGCGUAACACUCUAGGACUAGAAGUACUUAAUAGUGGAAAGACAUUGGUUCUUAGAGUGAAAUAAUGAAAUGUGUUGUGAAGGAUACGCUUCUAUAAGCACGUUACGUAUUGUGAAAUCAUGCCUUGUUCUAGUGAUUCUUGUAGAUAAGUCGCAAGUCUUCUCUCGUCUCUUCUAAUUUUCUUGUUAGCCUUUUGUUAUCCAUGUUUGGACAUAGGCCUCUCCCAAAUCUGUCCAUCGAUCUCUAUCCUGAACAACACACUUCAAAUUUGUUAUUAUCAUUAUCAUUAGAUUUAGCCAUACGGCUCACACUCCCUCUAAGGGGAAAAUUGACUCAUCCCAGGUACCUACGGUAUCAAAAGGAUUGAGCUCAGGUGGGACUCUUUCCGUGUUAUCGAGCCCUAGGUGACUUGGGUAUGCAGGUUUAUCUCCCAAAAAUUUGUAAUCAUACACAUCUGGCCAUUGCGAGUAGUUAUUAUCAGAUUUAGCCACACGGCUCACACUCCCUCUAAGGGGAAAAUUGACUUAUCAGAGAUACCUACGGUAUCAAAAGGAUUGAGCUCUGGUGGGACUCUUUCCGUGUUAUCGAGCCCUAGGUGACUUGGUAUGCUGGAGUAUCUCCCAGAAAUUUUCGUACACAUCUGGCCGUCGUGAGUAGUACAGCUUUCUGCAUGGUCUUAUAAAGGUAUUCAUUCAGACCCAGCUUUUUUAUGCUUUCGAGAAGGGUCUUUGCAAUGACUCCAGUAGUAGACAUAAUAAUCGGUAUCAUCUGGGUACUUUGCAUUCUCCAUUGCCUUCGUAUUUGAAUUUCCAGAUCUCUGUGCUUGGCGAUCUUUUCAGUAAAUUUACUACGUAGAUUAUUGUUGUUAGGUAUCGCCACAUCAAUUGGUGUUGUUUGUCUUGUUAAUUUAUUAACUAUUACGAGAUCUGGUCUAUUAUGUGCCACUCUUUGGUCUGUGAGCACAGUACGGUCCCAGUAUAGCUUGUAGUUGCCAUCCUCAAGCAUACUGUCAGGAACGUAUUGAUAAUACGGGAGAUGGUCCGUUUGGAGAAGUCCCAGCUUGAUAGCUAUCUUUUGAUGAAUGAUUUUUCCCACUGCGUCAUGCAGUUCCUUGUAUUCAGUUGCCAAAUGCCUGGCAGCCCCCUGUAAGAUGUUGGAUUGUUUUUUGGGCUUGACAUCCAUAUAGGCAUCUGUCUUUUUGAAC